GUAGAGGAUAUGGUGCCAUUCUCUAUGAGGAUUUCUGGCAUUUUUCAAAUCUUCAUUUUAUGGCUAUUAUCACCUUAUCUACUGAUAUUCUGUACUGACAUAUGUACAUUUCAGUUUACAUAUUCUCAUACAGUAUAAGGUUAACUGCAAAGGAAUUUACCUCAAACCCAAACAGUUCACAUAACUUCAGAGAUAAUAUGGAUUAAGCAGUUUUCAUGGUUUAAUCCAUAAAAUCACUGCAGGUUGCAGGUGUUGCUUAUAGAGUAAAGACAGAGGCAAUAGGAGAGAAAACCAGAGUAAAAAAUAUGGGGGAAAAGAUAGGUAUUUUCCUUGUAAAUGUGGCCUUGUGGGGAUUCUCUAUGAAUUGAAGCUGCUUGUAGAUAAUUCUGAGUGGAUAUAAAAAGAAGCAGGGCAAAGGAAGGUGGAACAAAUAAUCUGGAUAUAUUAGCAUCUCUUCUUAAUUGAGGUUUUUGUGGUAUAUAUAUGUUAUUUGCUUAGCCUCAGAUUUAAUGCACAAAUUUAUAAAAUGGAGUUGUUGACUUACUAUGGUUGUACCUCAUAGCCAUUCUUCAUUAAUAAGGAUAAUUGAGAGAAGAAUAUAUAUACGUCAAAAUUACAGAUAAGACAUUUCCUAGUGGGAUAACUCUAGAGCAUUUUAAAUUAAUGUGGAGAAGAACACUUUUGGAUUGUAGUCUACUUUUCUAGAUCUUGAUAAUAACCCAUUGAUGUUUCUCUUUGUAGGUACUUCUCUUGUAGGCUGAGACCAUGGACAAGGGAAAUUAUUCUAGGGUGCCGGAGUUUGUUUUGCUGGGACUCUGCAGUUCCUGGGAGCUCCAGUAUCUCUUCUUUGUGUUUUUUAACUUGUUGUACAUUGCCAUUAUACUGGGCAAUCUUCUCAUUGUUUUUACAGUGAUUUCGGAACCUGCCCUGCAUACACCCAUGUACAUCAUGCUCAGUAACCUUUCUGUUUUUGAUAUUUUUCUUGCCUCUUAUGCAACCCCUAAGAUGAUCCAUGAUUUCCUUCAUGAACCCAAGACUAUCUCCUUUGAGGGCUGCAUGGCCCAGAUAUUCUUGCUCCAUGUCUUUGCUGGUGGUGAGAUGGUGCUCCUUGUAGCCAUGGCCUAUGACAGAUGGUAGAAACAGUGGAGCAUAGAUUGAACUGUCUUAUGAAGCAGUGGGCUCCUUGUGAUUGGAGGAAACACUCUGAGGCAAGUAUGAAGACUCAUAGGAGAAAGUGGGAAACAGAAACAAACUAGAGGACACCAAACUGGAGAAAAUAAGGAAGAAGUCAAAGACUUGGACAACUUUUCCAAAGUGUAACCGCAUAUUGGAUACAUGGCUCACACAAAUGAAUCGGUGGUGUCUGAGUUUGUACUGUUGGGACUCUCUAAUUCCCGGGAACUUCAAAUUUUCUUUUUUGCCAUCUUUUCUGUAGUCUAUGUGACAUCAGUGCUAGGCAAUGUCUUAAUUAUUAUCAUUAUUUCUUUUGACUCCCGUUUGAACUCUCCUAUGUACUUCUUGCUCAGUAACCUUUCUUUCAUUGAUAUCUGUCAGUCUAACUUUGCCACCCCCAAGAUGCUUGUAGACUUUUUUGUUGAGCACAAGACUAUCUCCUUUGAGGGUUGCAUGGCCCAGAUAUUCCUCCUUCACAGUUUUGUUGGGAGUGAGAUGAUGUUGCUCGUAGCUAUGGCAUAUGACAGAUUUAUAGCCAUAUGUAAGCCCCUGCACUACGGUACAAUUAUGAACCAGAGGCUAUGUAUAAUUUUUGUGUCUAUUUCCUGGGCGGUGGGUAUUCUUCAUUCUGUGAGCCACUUGGCUUUUACAGUGGACCUGCCAUUCUGUGGUCCCAAUGAGGUGGAUAGCUUCUUUUGUGACCUUCCCUUGGUGAUAGAGCUAGCUUGCAUGGAUACAUAUGAAAUGGAAAUUAUGACCCUAACAAAUAGUGGACUGAUAUCAUUGAGCUGUUUUCUGGCUUUAAUUAUUUCCUACACGAUCAUUUUGAUCAGUGUCCGACGCAGGUCCUCCAGUGGGUCAUCCAAGGCUCUUUCUACAUUAACUGCCCACAUCACAGUGGUGAUUCUUUUCUUUGGGCCUUGCAUUUAUUUCUAUAUAUGGCCUUUUAGCAGACUUUCUGUAGACAAAUUUCUUUCUGUCUUCUACACUGUUUGUACUCCCUUGUUGAACCCCAUUAUCUACUCUCUGAGGAAUGAAGAUGUUAAAUCAGCCAUGUGGAAGCUGAGAAACCGUCAUGUGAACUCCUGGAAAAACUAAGAUUGCUAUGAAGAAGCAUAAUCCUGAAUUAGAAUGAAGAUCCUCCAAUGUAUCACAGUGUCAUGCCAACCAUCUUUGCCAGCGAUAUGGGUUGUUGAGUUACAGAAUUGGCUUUUUGUUUUAAAUCAAGGGAAUUGCA